UUUCCCCAACUGCUACAUGAUGCAUGAGUAUAUAAACACAUAUCCAGCCAGCCAUGAAUCACCACAUCCAUCUCUAGUUUGUAAAGAAUCUGGAGAGCUAGGGCGAUCAAACUGAUCCAUAGUUAGUUGCUUCGAGAAUUAGCUUCCAGCCAUGAGGUUCUCCACUUUAAUGUUUGCGUGGGCUGCGGCGGUGCUGCUCGCCGUGGCCGCCUUAUCGGCGGUGGCGGACGCAUCGCCUCCGCCGUCCAACUUUCUGAAGGUCGGGUUCUACAAGCACACGUGCCCGCAGGCCGAGGACAUUGUGCGCGACGCCGUCCGCCGCGCCGUCGCCCGGAACCCCGGCUUCGCUCCUGGCCUCAUCCGCAUGCAUUUCCACGACUGCUUCGUCAGGGGUUGUGACGGCUCUUUGCUGAUCAACUCGACGCCGGGGAACACCGCGGAGAAGGACUCGGUGGCGAAUAACCCGAGCAUGCGUGGUUUCGAGGUCAUCGACGAGGCCAAGGCAGCCCUAGAGGCGAGCUGCCCGCGCACCGUCUCCUGCGCCGACGUGCUCGCCUUCGCGGCGCGCGACGGGGCAUACCUUGCCGGCGGCAUCAACUAUCGUGUCCCAUCUGGCCGCCGUGACGGCCGCGUGUCAAUUGCCGACGAGGUGCUCAACAACAACGUGCCGCCUCCAACUGAUGAGGUCGCGCAGCUCGUGGCCAGCUUCAAGCGCAAGGGACUCUCCGCUGACGACAUGGUCACGCUCUCAGGUGCACACACCAUCGGUCGCUCCCACUGCUCCUCCUUCACGCAGCGUAUCCACAACUUCUCCGGCGAGGUCGGCCGGACCGACCCGUCCAUUGACAAGUCUUACGCGGCGGAGCUGAGGCGACAGUGCCCUCCAUCGACGGACAACCCGAGCGACCUCACAACGGUGCCGCUGGACCCAAUCACACCGCGGGAGUUCGACAACCAGUACUUCAAGAACGUGCUGGCGCGUAAGGUGCCGCUCACCUCCGACCAAACGCUGCUCACCAGCCCCCGGACCGCCGGCAUCGUUGCGUUCCACGCCGCCGUGGAGAAGGCGUGGCGGGCCAAGUUCGCCGCCGCUAUGGUCAAGAUGGGCAACGUCGAGGUGCUCACUGGUCACGAGGGGGAGAUCAGAGAGAAGUGCUUUGCCGUCAACCACCACUAGUCAAGCAUUCUAAAACCAUUCCUAUGCAUAGCUAAUAUAAAUAUACAUAUGCUUGUGUGUACGUCAAUCGCAGUGUAUGUUAUUUGUGUAUGUGAUGUCAUUUGUAAAGUGAUUUUCUUGUUAGUUGUUUGUGUACAUCAAAAAGAAUAAUACUAUAUGGAAAAACUAUUUGUUGUGUAUGGGUAAUAAUUUUCAAAGUGGUCUAUUGUUGGUUGUUUGUGUAUGUCAAAAAGAGUACAUAGUACUAUACAUCAGAAAGAAUAAUUGUUCUCCCAGCAAAGAAAAAGAAUAAUUGUUUUGUAUGGGUAAGAUUAGUUUAUUGGUUUAUUUACAUAGCUAGAAGUGUCACCCGCAAACCAGAAUAGCUAGCUAUUUGGAAUGGGGCCAGUGAUUGGUGGUUUCUAAUACCGCCUUGGUCUAUGGAUAUCGACGAAAACCUGCACUAGCGUACUCAUGCUACAAAGGCCGACCCAUUCCGGGGUUUUUCUAUGUCUUUUUCCAGCCGUUCUUGAGAAGGUUCGAGAACCUUCCCAGGACCUUUUUCUGUGUUUCUUUUUACCAGCCUUUUAUUCCAUUUUCUUUUUCUUUUUAUUUUAGUUUUUAAAAUUUUAUUUCCUGAAUAUUUAAUGUGUAUUUUUUUGGUUUUAUUUUUUCUCUUUUAUCUUUCCUUUUUCAUUUCCACAUUUUCAAAUUUGGGAAUGAUUAUCGAAGAUG